GGGGAGACGACGACCAGUCUGUUCACAGCCCUGCGACGACCAGUCUGUUCACAGCCCUAUUAUCGUGCGACUGCUGCUACUGCAAUCGUAAUGUGUGCUACGCAAUGGGCUACCGGUGCUGAUACAGUAGGGAUGCUCAGCAGCCAGCAGGCUCGUCGUAUUCGUUUAGGGUAUGCUGUGUCCUGUACUGUUCUGCACACUGACGUGUGUGCUUGGGCUGACGUUCGUGGCGGUGGAGUGUGGUGGCGGGUGCUACAACGUGUAGCCUACCGUGUUCUCUUGAACACAACGCACUCUCGUUUUGGCUGUAUCUGGCCGGAAAUAUAACUUGUAUACAUUCAUUUUUGGGGUGUUUUAUGUUCGGGGGAAGACGGUAGCUGCCCAGCCUGCAGCUAUCUCCGAGGGUAUGCAGGCGGAACUCGGGAAGAGUAGCUGAGGAGUAGGUGGAGAGGCCGUGACGUGGAGGAGGGAAGGAGGGAGGGAGGAGAAGGAGGAGGAAGAAAGAAAGAAAGGAGGAAGAAGGAAGACGAAGAAGAAAGAGAGGAAGAGGCGGGGAGGAGGAGGAGGAGGAGGAGGAGGAAGUAAAACAGGAGGAGGGAAGGAGGAAGGAAGAAAAAGACAGAGAAGAGAGGAGAGGGAGGGAACGGGGAGGAAGAAGAAGAAGAAGAAGAAGCAGAAGAAGAGGAGGAGGGAAGGAAGAGAAGGGAAAAAAGGAGAGAACAAGAACAAUUCGCUUCGUAACGCAGGAAACGUGGAAGGAGAUAAUCUUUGGACGUGCACAGCUUCGCUUUGCUCUCUUCGACGACACCCAUAGAGGUAAAGAAAGCCGCAAAUCAUUGACACGCAAUUCCCAGCAGUUGGCCUGACUACUGUCCAUUACAGCAUUCUGUGUGUGGAUGAUCUAAGAAGAAGGAAACGAUGGGGUCAAGGCCAGAGCUUCAGGCCCCACCUGAUGUCUAUUACAACGACAAGGAGGCGAGGAAGUAUACCACAAGCUCUCGGAUUAUAGAAAUCCAAGAGAAGCUGACUCAGCGUGCGGUCGAGCUAUUGAAUUUGCCCAAGGAUGGGGGGCCCAGGCUUCUCCUUGACCUCGGAUGCGGAUCUGGACUCAGUGGAGAGUGCUUGUCGGAACUUGGUCAUCAUUGGAUAGGUUGGGACAUUAGCAGGCCGAUGCUGGAGGUGGCGAUGGAGAGGGAGGUGCAGGGAGACCUCCUCCUUCAUGAUCUUGGCCAUGGAUUAGGUCUGCGGUCUGCUGUCUUCGACGGCGCCAUUAGUAUAUCUGCCAUCCAAUGGCUUUGCAACGCCGACCGGUCGUCCGAUGGACCCCAUCAACGGCUGAAAAGGUUUUUUCAGUCCUUGUACAGGAGCCUGGCAAAGGGAGCACGUGCUGUCUUUCAGUUCUAUCCUCAGGGACAGAAACAGAUUGAGCUAAUUACCACGUCAGCCAUGAAGGCGGGCUUUUCAGGAGGAUUGGUGAUUGAUUACCCGCACAGCACGCGCGCCAAAAAGUACUUCUUGUGCCUGAUGGCGGGACCGCCGCGGGCGGAUGCGCCGAUGCCCAAGGCGAAGGGGUUGGAUGGGAGAAUGGAGGUGGAUGAGGAGGAGAGUAGCGAUGGGGAGGAGGGAUCCGAUGAAGCAGAAGACGACGAGGUUGAUGGAUAUGGCGGAACUGUCAAGGUUGAAGAGAGAGUCCGUGCGCUUAAGCGCAGGAAGAGCGAUGGGAAGAGGGUCAAGGGUCGGGGUUGGGUGCUGUUGAAGAAGGAGCAGCGCAGGAAAAGGGGGGUUACCGACGUUGGGCAGAGAACGGCGAUUAAUAUAUGGACGAGGCAUUUAGGCGGUGCCGGUCAAGUAUACCUAUUUCAUUCCAUAGCCGAGAUGAGGUUAUUUCUAAAUAUAGGAAUGCCACGAUCGACGCUUCCCGUACUGGUGCUGGGAGUUUUGGCGGUUCAACAGUUCUUCAUCUCCGCUGUCGUGUGCACUUCACCUGAGCAGCAGCAGCAGCACCAGCAAGAACUCGGAGAAGCGUACGGUGACAGUCAGGAGGUUCCGCUUCAAACUGCAAAGCCCGAGGGCGAGGACGAUGGAGCAAUUCUGUCUUCGCUGCUGCCGAUGCACAUUGUUGAAGUGCACUGGAAUGAGUCUUCUGCCAACUGCACCCAUAACUGUUUUGUGCAGGUGUGGAGAAUAGAAGAGUCUCCAGAGGCAUUCUGCAGAGAAGCAAAGGGUACUGGCUUGCAGUCCUCCGAGCUGACGCACGACACCUGUGUCGGGGAUGGCGACACUCAGCACAACAGCGAAGGCGCACAGAGCAACGCUCAGCGAGGAAACGAAAAUAUCCUCCGUGAGUGCCGGAGAGCAGUUGACGCGGAAGAUGGAUUGGAACCUGCAUUGCUGGAAAGCGUGACAAUCGGCUGUGGUGACGAUGACAAGCAAAGUCAGCUGUCAGAAAACGAACAGCAGCUCGGGAAUGUCCCAUCGGACGGAAUCGCUCCUUGCUCUCUUCUGAAUGGACAAGGCGAGGAUAGACGACCUUCGCAGGAAUUACUCCUGUCGACUCCGGUGCAUGCACAUGUACCGAUUUUCGAUCUUCGUCCCGGGAUAUACAACUUGACAAUUGACUGCGGUCGAUGGCCCACGAUUACCUCCUCGUCGCCGUUAGCGAGUUCUCUUCGGCCAGGGGAGAGGCAUUGCGAUUCUCACCCUAGGUCUGUGUUAGCGAGCAUUCCGCUGCGAAGGGAGGGCAAGGAUGAGCGUCACGGUGAUCAUUCCGCUGUUGACGUAUUUGACGAUUGGACCGCUGAAGUCUUGGCCAACUUCACUCUGGAAGAGAGAGAAACACCCAUAACCGAAAGUCGAUGGCUCAAAGUUUACUCUUUUGUGAAGAUAGGUGUCCUACGAUGCUGGUUGCACCCGCUGCGUGAAAUCACACUGAUCCUGCUAGUUGCUGCUGGCGCGUAUGCUCUCGUUCCGACAGCUGUACGGUUCUUUGACGACUUGAUCUGAGUGGAUAUACGUGUUCGUUCCAUCAGCAGUAAGCUUUUUUUCUUUUCUUUUUCCCUUUCCUUUCUUUGAUGGCUUUCAUCUCAGUGCACUGAGCUUAUAGUGCUUCGUUUGAAGAAGAAGUGCCACGUAAGCUCACCUCUCCAGUGGUCUGCAAACGGUUUUGAGGAUUGGUAUGCCCGCCCUGGCCGCCCACCUGUCUGGCGGUCUGCAAAUUUUGCAGCAGAACGGUCCGACGUUCCGAUGACGAUGCCAGCCUCUCAACGGGUCUUCUAUGGCGGCGAUAUCAUACGAAUGAAUGGUGGCGAUAUCA